GUGGAGAGCGUUCGAUCCAUGCAGCAAAGUAACCUCCAGCGGCAAAGGUUUGUUUUGUUUCGGCAUCUCUUCUUCGUCGUAUCACCGUCGAGAAAGUUGUCAUGAUGAGCGAAGAGGAAGCGACCGAGACGAUGGACGCCGAAGUCGAAAGGGCCGAGGACGAGGCGCCGGCCCUGCGCCGUAGCGGGAGGAGAGGCCGGCCGGCAGAUGAGCACAAAGACGACGAUGAAGAUGAGCCGGUGAAGAAGAAGUUGCCGAGGGGCCGAAAGCCGAAAAGGGGCCGCAGCAAGCGGAAGGCCACGGUCGAAGAAGAACCGGAAGAAGAGGAGCCCCUACAAGAAGACUUCGGCCCCAUGGAGACCGAAAGGCUUGGCAUGAAUGAAAAAGAUUUUCUUGGAGAAGACCCCAUGCGGGACGAACCGACUCAAGAGGAACCCGUUCAAGGACCUAUGCCGGAACCCACUGACACCGACGAUGUUCAAAUGCUUGCACAGGCGGCAAAGGACCGACCCAACGAAGCUCACUUCACUUCAGACACAAACCAAACAAAGGAAGUCUCAGAGGAAAGACCAAGUGGUGAUAAACCUGACUCUGAAGAGGGCGAGGUGAACGAUAUGCUUGAGCAUCAUGAUACGGAAAUGGUUUCUGAGGAUGAGCUCCCGUCAGACGGUCCGAAAGCACCUCUUGAUACGGAGGCGGUCUCUGACGAGGAACUGCCCGGGCCUACACAGGCUGAACUGCUCGAUACUGAAGCCGUUUCUGAGGACGAACUCCCACCUGUGAAGAAGAAGCGCAAACACCGAAGGCACUCUUCCGAUUCUGACAAACGAGUUAAGCCAGAAAAGGACAAAGAUUCUAGUAAGAGAAGCAGAGACAGUGAAAGUCCUGUUUCAAGGAAGGAAAAGGAACGCUCCUUGUCCAGUAGUAGGAUGCUACCCGAGCUUGAUAAGUAUUGGAAGGCGGUGAAAGAAGAUCCUUCUGACUUCACAGGUUGGACAUACCUCCUGCAAUAUGUGGAUCAAGAGAAUGAUGUCGAUGCGGCCCGUGAGGCCUACGACAAGUUUCUCCAGCAUUAUCCGUACUGCUAUGGCUACUGGAGGAAGUACGCCGAUUACGAGAAGAGAAAAGGCGGGGAGUUGACCAGAUGUGAGAAGGUUUUCGAGCGCGGUCUCAACGCCAUCCCGCUCAGUGUGGACCUUUGGCUCCACUACCUAAACUUCUGCAAAUCUCUGAUGAAGGACGAUGAGGAGAAGCUCAGGGCUGAGUUUGAGAGGGCGAUUGAACAAUGCGGCCUCGAAUUCCGAUCCGACAGGCUCUGGGACUGUUACAUCAAAUGGGAAAUGGAGGUUAAAAACUAUCAGAAUGCUUAUGCACUGUACCACCGUCUUUUAGCUACUCCAACACAAGGAUACAAGACACAUUUUGAAUCUUACGAGGAUUUUGUCCGGUCACACCAUCCUAAUAAAAUUCUCAAAGUCGAUGAGUUUCUUGAACUGAGAUCUGAAGUGGUUCAGAAAAUCAAAGAAAAAGGACUUCCUAUUCUGGAACCGACUGCAGCUCCUCCUGGAGACGAAAGCGACGGCGAGGAGGAACCGAAAUCCGCUCACACAGAUGAAGAGACUGCUCUCAUGAGAGAUAAAAUUAUUUCAAUAGGCAAGAAAAUUUUCAAAGACACUAUUUCUGAAGUAAUUACAAGGUGGAACUAUGAAGAGGGAAUAAAACGGCCCUAUUUUCAUGUCAAACCGCUUGAAAGGUGCCAGCUAAACACAUGGAGAGAAUAUUUAGAUUAUGAAAUUGGAGUAGGCUCAGAAAAAAGGACAGUCGUUCUUUUUGAAAGGUGUUUAAUUGCUUGCGCUCUUUACGAGGAGUUUUGGGUCAAGUAUAUUAAAUAUCUGGAAAGCCUGCCUGGCAAUCGAGAGGAAGAGAUACGCAAAGUUUAUCAGAGGGCUUGUCUGAUCCAUCACCCGAAGAAACCGUAUCUGGCGCUCAAUUGGGCUUCUUUUGAAGAAUGCCAUAAAAAUGUCGAAGGUGCUAGAAGAGUUUUGAUUCAAAUUGAAAAAGAAGUCCCUAGCAUGAUGUUAGUCCAUCUGAGGAGGAUCAACUUAGAAAGGCGUUCAGGAAAUUUAGAAGAGGCGGGUCAACUCUACGAAUAUUACUUAGCCAAUACAAAAAGCAGGUCUGUCUUUGUCACACUAUCAGUUAAAUAUUCUAGGUUCUGCUGGAAAAUAUUGAACGAUCCGAGUAAAGGGGUCGAUGUUUUGAAAAGAGCCAUAGACAAAAACCCCGAUGACAUACGGCUUUAUGUACAACUCUUAGACUUGCUUAUGCUCGAGCCGAAUUCUGAUGAGAACGAAUGCAUAAAGGUGUUUGACAGGAUCAUAGAACGGGAGAGCGUCGAUAUCGAAGACAAACUAAUAUUUGCACAACGGCGGAUCGAGUUCCUCGAGGAUUUCGGUUUCGACAUCGAGUCGGUACAGAAGGCACAGACUGAAUACUUCAGCAUAAUGAAACAACUCAAGGAGGCGAGGCGGCACAAAAAGUCCGACGACAAAGCAAAAUCCGACGAGAAGAAAAAAGACAGCCAGUUAAGCUCAAACAGCUACAGCUCGUCCACGUACAGCAACCCUCCCACAACUUACUCAUCCUCAUACCAAGGUAGCGGCCAGUACUCGCAGCAGAGCUACAACCAGCCCAGUCAAAAUAGCAGCUACAGCGCUUCUGACCAGAAUUCUUACCAAAAUUAUUACUCUCAGUCAAAUUACAACAACAGCAACCAAAGCUGGGGAGGGUACAACUAUUAUUCUUAAAUCGGUCUUUCCGAAUUUUUUUCUCUUUGUUUUUUACUUCCACCAACUCUUUUUAUAUUGAAAGUGUUUCUAGAAAAUGACACAUUGAUUUUUAAGGUUCAAAUACUUUGGUAUUGUUGUUCAUAUAUCAGA